CUAACACAAACAUCCAUACACACCCACUGCCAGAAAUAGAAGGAUGUUGACCUCCGCCUCCACCGAUUCAUCUCGUUCCUCUUACUCCGGAAGCCCCGUCUCCCAACAAUCUCCGCAUCACCAUGUCUGGUUUCCGCCCGCUCCUCGUCGUCGACCGGAACACUACAAGAUCCCCCGCUACUAUUCCACCCCCGUGAGGGAAGAUAUCCCCGAGUCGACCCCGCUGCAGAUGUACGGCCUGGAGCAGCGUGCCCCGUCGAUCUGCGAGAAGCCCAAGCUCCUGCGUCGCUUCUCCCACGCCCUCGACGAUAUUGUGGAAGACAUGUCCCUCCAGAGCACCAGCGAGAAGGUCCUCAGUCGACGACGCCAAUCCUUCUUUGGGAUUGACGAGGACGCGGUGAUGUCCAGCACCUCAAUCGCCAGCCCGACAAUGGACUACUACGCGGUUCCGGCGCAUCCGCAGCCCCCGAAAUCUCGCCCCAUGUCGAUUCUCUCGACUGAAGCCUGGACCCCGCCGGUCCGCCGACUCAGUCGUCGACUGAGCAUCAGCUUCUCGCGCAAGAAGAAGUUCAGACCGGGGCAGGUCGGGAGCAUCUCGCAGCCGAAUUUGAUCGGAGCCUCGACGCAGAUCUAAAAUUCUCCAAAUGCUGCGCCGUCAUCACACCACCAUAUACUUCGCAUCAGAUGACCUUGUCAAUCCGAAUCCAUCCUCAUUCCACGUGAUGCCUGUUCAUACCACCACCUCAAUUCUAAAUCGACCCAGAACACGCACAGACACAAACACACAUACCUACACACACACAUACGAAACUCGAAAAAUGCAUAUUUCUCUCGGAGUUCAGCGAGCCAAAGGCGGCCGUUAGUCGAUCCUUAUACCAUUUUUAUACCAUAAUAUCUGGUCUAAAAGUCAUUCCUUUUCUAUUCUUCGAUAUUCCCCCACCCCUUUUUCGAUCCGAUUUAUUUCAAUUCUCUCCUUUGAUCUUGGGGAUCUUGUCAUCUGCAUUAGCUCGGUGUUUGGUGUUUCAUUUCUCGGUCCGUGCUUUUUU